CGCCUAUUCGAGGCGAACGAGAACCGAGAGCUGCGUGGUGUGCGAGGCGGUGUCGGCGUCCUCCUCCUCCUUGGGAAGGGAAGCCGCGGGGGUCUUCUACCACUACUCCUGUCGGAAGGAAGCGCGGUCGGCGAACAGGACAGAGGGGCUCCGUCGGGAUGUUUGUGGCGCGUAGCAUCGCGGCCGACCACCGCGACCUCAUCCACGAUGUUUCUUUCGACUUCCACGGGCGGCGCAUGGCGACCUGCUCUAGUGACCAGAGUGUCAAGGUGUGGGACAAGGGUGAAAAUGGAGAAUGGCACUGUACUGCCAGCUGGAAGACGCACAGUGGGUCUGUGUGGCGUGUGACAUGGGCACAUCCGGAGUUUGGACAGGUUUUGGCUUCCUGCUCUUUUGACAGAACAGCUGCUGUAUGGGAAGAAAUAGUAGGAGAAUCAAAUGAUAAACUUCGAGGGCAGAGUCACUGGGUAAAGAGGACUACUCUGGUUGACAGUAGGACAUCAGUUACAGAUGUAAAGUUUGCUCCUAAGCAUAUGGGUCUCAUGUUAGCAACAUGUUCGGCAGAUGGAGUUGUUAGGAUAUAUGAAGCUCCUGAUGUUAUGAAUCUUAGUCAGUGGUCACUUCAGCAUGAAAUCUCAUGUAAACUAAGCUGCAGUUGUAUUUCUUGGAAUCCUUCAAGCUCUCGUGCUCAUGCUCCUAUGAUAGCUGUGGGAAGUGAUGACAGCAGUCCAAAUGUAUUGGCAAAGGUGCAGAUUUAUGAAUACAAUGAAAAUACUAGGAAGUAUGCAAAAGCAGAGACACUUAUGACAGUCACAGACCCUGUACAUGAUAUUGCAUUUGCUCCAAACCUGGGAAGGUCCUUCCAUAUACUGGCAGUAGCUACCAAAGAUGUAAGGAUUUUCACAUUAAAACCCCUAAGAAAAGAAUUGACUACUUCAUCAGGAUUGACAAAAUUUGAGGUUCAGUUAGUGGCUCAGUUUGAUAAUCACAAUUCCCAGGUCUGGCGUGUAAGCUGGAACAUUACAGGCACAGUACUUGCAUCUUCAGGAGAUGAUGGCUGUGUAAGGCUUUGGAAAGCUAAUUACAUGGACAACUGGAAGUGUACUGGAAUUCUGAAAGGUAAUGGGAGUCCAGUCAAUGCUAGCUCCACUCAGCAGGGAGUUUUCAACAUUCCUAUAGGCACAGUCAAUACAAGCCUCCAGAAUUCAGUCAAUGGGACAUCUGCUGGCAGAAAGCACAGCUGAUACCAAGCUAACUGGAGUAACUUUGCUGUUUUGCUGCUUGUUGCAUGCACACAGGAAUGGAAAGCGAACUCCUUUCCCCCCUCCCCAGCGCCGUUUGACCUCUUCCCAAGACACCAACAGUCUGCCUACUACUAAAAGCAAAUCAAAAGGCUCUCUUUAAAAAAUAAUAAUGUUGUAUACGUACUCUGCUAGCCAGCACAGUAUGACCUUGUUGGAACCUGUGAAAAAAAAAGUAACAGGAAGAGCCCUCUUGUGGAGAUACUCCCCCUCCUCACAAAAAACAACAACAAAACCCAUUGUGGGACAGAGGGGGAAGUUCACUACAGUACAUAGGAUUACUGUCCUUGCAUUCUGAGGUGUCGGGAAAGAAAAUCUUAGGUGAAACUAUUGAAAUCUAUUGGUUUUCAUUAAAAUGGUUUUAAAUAUUUGAUUUUGUUCUGUAUUUUGAUGUGUUCAGAUACAUUCUUAACCAUUACGAUUUUGUUAAUGGAUUUGUAAUGCACAAGCAUAAGUAGUCUUAAACAAUGUGGGCGACAUUGUAAAUUAACAACUGUACAGUUGGUAUCUGAAAUUAGUUUGGCAUUGUUUCACAAUUAAAUACUACUUCAAAGUAAUGGGGGGAUGGGACACAAAAACGUUAAUGCUAUAAUUGUCUUAGUGAGAAUGAUCUUUCCUGAUAGUUGCAUGUUCCUGUGGCAUGAUUCCAUGGAAUAAUGAGUAAGACUUCCUAUGGUCAAAUAUUUUGGUAAACCACUUCCAAAUGAAUGUUUGUCAUAUGAUGUUGGCAAGGUGCUCUGGGAAUUAUUGUCGGUUGCCUCAAAGCUGCUUCCUGUCUUUCAUAGCGCGCAUACACUGCUUUUGUGCAAUAAGAGUUAUUGCCCCGGAGCAAACUGAAGCAGUGUCCUAUUGCAAACAUUCAUCAGGACUUGGCAAGAAAAUGCCUUGUUUUACAUAGUGGCAUGUCAAUGUAGCUCUAAAUAUGUCGUGUCUCAAAAUUUUACUAACUUGGCCAUUCUGUUCUGUAAAUUUGUUUACAUUUCCAAAGAUUAUACAGAUUACAAAGUGGUGUCUUUAAUAUUACGGGUAAGUCAUAAAAAGUGACAUGGAAUAGUCCAUUAAGCCUUUAAUUUACCAGGAGUCUUUGGUUUUAUCUGAUAUUUUCUUGAGAAAUAUGUAUAUAUGCACACAGAUUGUAUUUAAAUGGGAAAGGAGUCACUUCUUGUAUAUUGUGGAGAUCAAAAGUUUGUAAAAACUAUUUGUUUUUACAUCUAUUCUAAAAAAUGUGCAGUAAAAAUCUAAAUUGGAUGCAAAUACAGCAAAUGUACCUGCAUAAUCAAUGUGUGCCUGUCUUUCUGCAGUUGUUACUAAAAGUUGUAUGGUUAUUAGGAGUGAUUGAGCAAAUGUGUUGAUACUUAAGGACACAUUUAAUUUACAGAUAAUUUAUUCCUUUUUGAAUGUAUAUAAAGCAUAUUGUUCAUUAUCUCCGAUGAUUGUGUUCCUACCAAGCAGUUUCCAGACUUUCACAAUCAAUCUUUUUUUGAAUUGGGAAUUUGAUUUUGGUCAUUAUAUUUUAUUUUAUUUUUUGGCAUGGAUUUACUAAAGCCUUUUCCCCCCAGCA